AGCGGGAGGCGGACGGUGGCCGACGAGGUCCGGCAUGGAGCAUCUGGAGUGCUGCGCGAGGUUCCUCCGCGGGACGCUGGUGCGAGCGGCGGUGCGGCGCUACCUGCCCUGGGCGCUGGCGGCCUCCAUGCUGGCGGGCUCCCUCCUCAAGGAGCUCUCCCCGCUGCCCGAGAGCUACCUCAGCAACAAGCGCAACGUCCUCAACGUGUAUUUUGUCAAACUGGCCUGGGCCUGGACCUUCUGUCUCCUCCUGCCUUUCAUUGCCCUCACCAACUACCACCUGACAGGCAAGGCUGGCCUGGUCCUGCGGCGGCUGAGCACCCUGCUUGUGGGCACGGCCAUCUGGUACGUCUGCACAGCUCUCUUCUCCAACAUCGAGCACUACACGGGCAGCUGCUACCAGUCGCCAACCCUGGAGGGGGUCAGAAAGGAGCACCAGAGUAAGAAGCAGUGCCACAGGGAAGGAGGCUUCUGGCACGGCUUCGACAUCUCCGGCCACUCCUUCCUGCUGACCUUCUGCGCCCUCAUGAUUGUGGAGGAGAUGGCUGUGCUGCACGAGGUGAAGACGGACCGAAGCCACUGCCUCCACACCGCCAUCACCGCCCUGGUGGUGGGCCUCGGCUUCCUGACCUUCAUCUGGGUGUGGAUGUUUCUGUGCACGGCCGUUUACUUCCACGACUUGUCCCAGAAGCUGUUUGGCACCCUGUUCGGUUUGCUGGGCUGGUACGGGACCUAUGGGUUUUGGUAUCUGAAAUCCUUUUCCCCAGGACUUCCUCCCCGGAGCUCCAGUUUGAAUUUGAAGCGAGACAGUUACAAGCAAUAAGAGAGAAACAAAAGGGGUGAUAGAUAGCGGGGCGACGGGUAAUGUAUUUUUCAUUGUUUUUCUCGGCUACUUGACUAAAUCAUCCGUCCUUCUUCAGCGAGGAAGCUCACCAGGCGGUUUUGGUGAGUGGUGGUGGAGUCUGGGGAGGGACUUGAAUCCCCACACUUCUUGGCGAUGUCAUCUUGUGUCACAAACUCCACCCUUCCCAGUCAGUCACUUUUUGUCCCUGGCAAGACUUGACCUUAAUCUGGAAUGUCCCUUUUGUCUCUAAAGGGCAGAGCUAAGGCUCAGAGAGAGGGAGGAAUCCGGAAGGCCUCCGUUGUGUGGCUGAAGGGGAGGCCGGAGCCUCAGCACCCUUCUCUGCUACCUGAUUCAUUCUCUCCCUGAUUCUGGUCUUGUGUUUUACUGGCUGAUUUAAUGCUGUUAUUUAAUAAUAUUGCCCUCUGGUCAGCUUUGCGUAAGCAUUUAUUUCCAGCAGGGUUCUUUAUAAAACAACCACCUGCCUGAAAGAUACUCUCUGCUUGUGGUAUUUGUUUAUCCUCAAAAUGUUCUAUAUCACAACUGGCUUGUGAUUAGCUACCAAAACAGUUCAACUAGAGUGCCUGCCUCUGUGGCUGAGUAUUGGAUGAUUUUUGCCAAUUUUCUGUCUGUGUUGCCCAGUAUGUAUUGGUUUUUGGAGCAAUAAGGUUACUUUUUUCCCUACUAUUUUGAGCGAAUGCUUUGUUGUUUCCAAUAACAUCCGUGGGAUUUGUUCUUUGUUGGCACACUCCUGACGAUAACCCACAACCUCGAUGCUGCACUUUGGCACGUGUGUAGAUAGCUUUGAGGGGUUUCUUAGAACACUAAUUUACUUCUUAUAAACCAAACUCCUGGCUUAUGGUAUUGAAUUCCCCCUUGCUUCCUGGGGCUGUUUUCUCUAUUAAGAAUAAAACCUGAAAGCAGACAUUGUAAUAAUAGCUUGAUGAAAUCUAAGCUGAGUCAGAGUAACUUUGCAAAAUGGGUACUUGCACUAAAACUUCCCUGACCACACAUUAGUGGUGUAAACUCAACGGUGUCCUUCAGACUCGGCUGAUAAGUACAUUGACCAGUCUGCUGGGGCCCAAGGAAUUUUUACAUUUUCGACAAGAUUAUGGUAAAUCGGAGGCGAAGGAGAAUGUGUCCCAUUGCCUCUGAUGACAGGAAGCCAACUGUUGGCAAAAAUGUCCCUCUUAAAUGUCGACACGACUUUGGCCCGCCUUCCUACUUGUUCCACCACUGACAACGCGAGACCCAAGCUGGGCCCACUCAGCUGGCCUUGAACUCGGUCUUUCCUUUCCCCUUUGCAUACUUCUCAGUGUUCGGCCUUGUCCUUCUGCAGCCUGUCACCUCCACCCACAAAGGUACGGUUGCAGGUCUGUGCUAGGACACUCCCCUCUCCCGCCACCUCCACAGGUUGCAGGCUGUCUCUUUACCGUCUCUUUAGGCCUUUUGUACCCAGCCCCUCGCAUUUUGGAUGAUCAUCCUGGCAGCUUACUUGAUGCUCCUCCUCUCCCCCAAAUUAAGCCAGACAAGCACUACACUUGACUGCCUUAACUCAAGCUUACAUUGUUAGGAGCUUGAGGCCUGGAAAUUCUUCAGGGUAAAUUGUAUUUCAUAUAAAGAUGUAUUUCACAUAUAUAUUUGGUAUCCCAUCAGGCUGCAUGUUAAUUUGUAUCGAUCAAAAUGUGAGGUGUGAUGUGCUGUACGGAAAGGUGGCUGAAAUGCUGGCUCUGAGAUUUCAGCAGUGUCACCGUGGUGCUCCGGGACGUUGAGAACCUUGACAAGAUAUGACGGCCCCGUGAGAAUUGUAUCCCCCUUUGGAGUUUAUGUCUGUAAACCGGGGGGCCGGGGGGUGGGGGGCUUGUCGAAGGGGUUGAAGUCUCUCCUGAGUUUCAUGUUCAGCACCAAAAGGCAACAGGCACAAGGUGACUCCGUGUGUCCAUUUGUCACACUUAAGUAUUUAAGUGUGACAUUUCCCCUUGCAGAUCUGAUUCAGGCUCAGCAUUAAAUGAACUCUGUGGAAAGUGUCAGUUAUGGACCCUUGUGUAUUGAGUGGUCUUCCACCACUUCUUGUUCAGUGUUAGGUCCUCACCUUUUCCUUGGGGACGUGCUCCCUACCCCUGUGUGAGACAGCGGGCUGUAGCUGAGAGUCUGGGCUUAGGAAAAUGUGAGAUGUGGGUUCGGAUAUUGGCACCACCGCUGAGAGUUGUCUGACCAUGGGCAGGCUUCGUGUCCCCAUCUGGACAAUGCAGACGGUACUGUUAGGAUUAAGGGAAAUGAUGUAUGUAAAAUGCCCAGCACAUGCGCUUAGCAGAGGGUAAUCCUCUGUCUCCUUUUUCCUUUACCUAAAGCCUUUAGAACUUCUUGGCUCCUUAGAGGAGGCAGGGGAACUAACAUCUACUUUUGAGCACCAUUUGGGGUCUGGGUCUCCUGUUGAAAUAGUCUUGUGUCAUCUUUUGAAAAGUGUCUGUUGUCCCCAGGUGCUGAGCAGGAGGCUCUGAAGGGCAUCUGUUACCGCCACACUUGUUUGGCGCCUGGGCGCUGAGGUGGGUUCACUGACGCCUCAUUUUCCCCGUGCAGCUGUCAUAGUCUGAGUACCAGAUUGUAUUUAGAGUUUGGCUCCUGCCACUGCUACGCACACACAGAUCGUGUGUGUAAACAAGCAAAUUAAGUAAACUGGAGAUAAUGAAACCCCACA